GUCGGGCCGACGCUGCGGGUCGCGCGCCGAUCGGCCGCCGCGGCGGAGCGCGCACCGGCGGAUUCCGGUUUCGCGCGCGGCUCGCUCGCCGAGAGCGGCGCGACCGGUUCGCUCGUUCGGCGAAAGCCGCUCUCCGCGCCGACCGCCGAGGCGGCCACGUGCGGCCGCGGCGGAGAAAACGCGAGCACGUGCGUGAUUCAUAAUUGACUCGACGAGGGGCCGCGCGCAGGCGCGCCUUCGCCUCGCUCCUCUCCGCGCCCUUUUCUCCCGGCUCCCGGUGUCCCGAAUCUCGGCAACUGUUGCUCGGGGCGCGCACCCGCGACCGAGGUCGACUCCGCGCUGCCGGGCUUAUCGCGACGUGACUCACCGUCUUCGGGCGCAGCUUCGUGCCGCGGGCCGAUUGCACUCGCGCGCGGGACCGCAGACCCUGCAAAAGUCAUCCGAGAGCGGCGCGCGCUGGGAGCAAGGAGAGAGAGAGAGCGAGAGAGAGCGAGAGAGAGAGAGAGCUGCGCGAGCGGGGAUGCGAUCUCGUCGGUUGCCGGCGCGUCGCCCGGUUAUUUUUCAGCGGCGGCCGAGCGAGCCACUCAUUAGCGGCGCGGAGUAUCGCCAUUAACGGUAAUCCCGGAAGCGCGGCGCGGCUACGCGUCCCCGCGGACUCGCGGCCGGAACGCACUGCCGAAACAUUUUUGCCCCAGCGCGCUAACGACCUAACGAGCCGUGCCGUAAUCGCUUUUCCCGAAAGGCUCUCUCUUGCCGAUCAUCGAAUCAGCCCGAACGCACGCGCGCAUACGCAUUUCGACUGCUGAGGGCCGGCGUCCGUUAAACUCGUUUCCACGCUAAUUGCCGUCGCUGCGCCAGCUGCCGCGAUCGCGCGGGCUAAUCCACUUUCACCCAUUGCCGCGUGGAUUCCGUCUGCUUGACGCGCGCCGCGUUAUCGAAAAUCGGACUUUCGGCGAGUCGCCGGGCAGGCCGGGCUUCGGCCCGUGCGCGCCGCUCCGUUCACGGUACGCAUCCACGCUUAUCGCCGCAGCCGGCUGCUUCUCGCUGUCCGCGAUUAGGGCUCUCCGUGAGAGCCGAGCGGCGACUCGGUUGUUUGCCGCCGCGGUCGAUUGCGUCAUCGGCCGAACGAAACUGGCCUGCCAUCGCCGCGAUACGACGAGGCGCGACGAGCCGAAGGAGACGAUGGGUCGACAGGCGGACGCGAGUCGCUGAUCGGCGAGGCCUCGUCGCCGCGGUACAGCUCGAGCCUACUGCGGCGGCCGUCGGAGACAGACAUUACGUCACGCUCGCUUUUACGGCGCCUGCAAUGUUUCCGCGACAGGCUCCCGUCGCACGCUCGCGCGCCUCGCUGGCGGACGCGCUCGGGCCAAUUAUCGCGGCGGGCGAGAUUAAGUGAUACCGGCGACGACGCGAAGCAGGCCCAUUUUUGCAACGCGCGCAGCUGUCGGCGAAUACCCCACUCUCCCCCCGUGCUGCGAAAUGAAAACGAGGAGCGCGCGCCUCUGCGCUUAUCCGGCCGCGUUACGCAAGUCCCUUUGCACAACGAGCGAGCGCAAAUUUUCUGUUUGCAUCGAAGUCACCUGAGCCCCGGCUCGACGUUUAUUGGCGCUAUCGCGCGCUCAUUCGCCACUGACGGAUGCCGCCAAACGGCGUCGCGCAUCUGCCACAAAUCAACGUCGGCGAGCGGCGAGGAGGAGAGCGCGAGACUUCGACCGCGGCAGUUGAUCGCGGACGACGCGCGCUCCAUGGAACCGAGCGUCUCGCGGCGAGCUCCCGAAUCUCACGCGAACGGAGGCGUCGCUGGAUUUUUCCGAAAACAUCCGCUGCCGACCACCAGCAGCACGGGCGUCGCCUUCGAGGCCGAGGGCGGCAUUCGGAAUCCAGCCUGCCAAGAUGACGACUCCGCGGAGAGUAAGCAGCAGCCGCGGCAGCAGCGGCAGCAGCAGCAGCAGCAGCAGCAGCAGCAGCAGCAGCAGCAGCCGAGCAGCGGCCAGUGCGCGUCUUGCAAGAGUCCGAAGGUCGGCCCAGUCAUGACCGUCUGCCGCACCCGCGUGCCCUGGAGGUUCUCCGCCAACUUCUUCAUCGCGCUCACAGUGUCGCUGAUCAUGCUGCUCGGCGAGCUCGGCUGGAUACCCAACCAGAAGGUGGGCUUCUACUGCAACGACCCCAAGAUCUCCUUCAAGUUCACCGGCGACUCGAUAUCCAUGGCCACGCUGCUGGUCGUCUCCAUAGUGGUGCCGGCGCUGGUGGUCUGGGCGGUCGAGUGGUGCUGCUACAGCCCCGACAGCUACAAGAGCCUGGAGUGCGGCUCGAGCUCGCGGAGUCGGCAGUUCUGGGCGUGGUACGGCUACUACUCGCUGGGCUGGUGGUACCUCAUCUUCGUGGUGGAGGUCAUCAAGGUGGUGGUCGGCGAGCCCAGGCCCCACUUCUUCGACUCGUGCCGGCCCAAGGAGGUGUCCAACUGCAGCGCCGACGAGUUCAAGACGUCCUACACGUGCACCAACACCGAGCUCUCCUGGUUCUACGUGAACGACUCGGACAAGUCGUUCCCCUCGGGCCACUCGGCCCUCUCCAUAUUCACCGCCACCUUCCUGAUCUGGUACCUGCAGUGCCGCAUGCCCGAGCGGCUGGUGCUGAUCCUGGUGAAGCCCUGGCUGCAGUGCCUGGCCGUGCUCUGGGGCCUGGGCUGCUCGCUGUCGCGCAUCACCGACAAGCGCCACCACUGGUGGGACGUGGCCGCGGGCAGCCUGCUGGGCCUCCUCUUCGGACUGUUCACCGUGCGCGUGCUGUGCCGGCGCUUCGAGGCCGCGCCGCGGCUGCCCGCGCACCUGGCGCUCGAGGCCAACGCGGUGGCCGGACUGGGCGCGCUGCCGUCGCCGCCGCCGCCGCCGCCCGCCAACGGCUACGCCGCGCCCGACGCGCGCCGCCACCAGAGCGUCAAGAAGCUGCUCAGCGCCAGCAGCAGCAUCGACCUGCCCGACAGCCGCGAGAUGGGCGACCUGGCCCACACCUGGACCGCCUGAGCCUCGCCCGCGCGAUACUUAAGCGCGCGCCUGCGCCCGGGCAACCGGGGCCGGCAGCCGCGCAGCGUCGCGCCGGCCGCCACGGCGCCUUGGGCGACGCGCCACUGUACGCAUACCCGUCCACCGUCUCCGAGUGC